GUUGAGGACUUUUAUUUUAUCCGUGACGCGGAACUGUUGCUGGACUCUCUUAAGUCACGUGAGAAUCUGUUUUCACAGAUAUGUAAUUGUUUCAUCGUGCUGCACUUACAGCGUAAAUCUUAAAUUAAAACAAAACAAAUAAGUGACUGACAUGGAUGAGGACGGGUUGCCCAUAGUGGGAUCUGGAAUAGAUCUUACAAAGGUCCCAGCGAUUCAACAGCGGAGGAUAAUAGCUUUCCUUAACCAGUUCAUCGUUCAUACUGUCAGAUUCCUGAACCGAUUUUCAACUGUUUGUGAGGAGAAACUGUCGACGGUGUCUUUACGGAUCCAGCAAAUUGAAACCACGCUCAGUAUAUUGGAGGCGAAGUUGGCCUCUAUUCCCGGCUUAGAAGACGUAACAGUUGAUGGAGUGCGACCGUCUGCGCAAACGAAUGGUCCCACAGUAGAUGGGAGUCAUCCCUCGGGCUCCUCUACUGUUCCUCCCCCUGAGGUAACUAGGCAACCACAGGGGGUCACCCAGGAGCCGAAAGCAGAAGCCCCGGCGGAAAAUGUGAUGACUGUUGCAAAGGACCCGCGAUAUGCCCGAUAUCUUAAAAUGGUGCAAGUGGGUGUUCCAGUCAUGGCUAUUAAAAACAAGAUGAUACUAGAGGGUUUGGACCCCAGUUUGCUCGAUACCCCUGAUGCACCUGUUCCAGACAGUGGCAAAAAAGUGAUGGAUGAGCAAGAUGAUGAUAGCUCGGGCAGCGAAUCCUCUUUUAGUGACUGAUCGGUCCCUUUCCCAUGAGCUUUGUGUUUAACAGGCCUGCACAGGCCAGCAGGAACCGCGCUCAUGCAAAUGCACUUAAAUGUCCAUGGGACAGUCUAGUUAAGGCACUAUGGUUGAAACAGCUUGGAGACAGUGUACCACACAUGCUGUCCCUUAGUUGGAGAGGAUAAAAAUGCUCACUAUGUGAGAUUGCAAAUGAUUUUGUUAUAAUUAGCCGGUUUGUGUCUGUUUAAGUGCUGCUGUCAUUUGUGUUACAUGCCUAACAUGUAUAUUUCAUACCAAUAUAUGUCCGUGACUAUGUUGAAAUAGACACAAUCAGCAAGUGAUCUGUUAAGAAAUUGAUUUCGAAAUAAUAUUGAGGGUAAUAUAAUUAUUUUCAUGUUGGAUUACAAUUUUACAAUGCCUUGCAGUACAAUUUAGUAAUAUCAAUAACAGAAAUUAUAUCAAGCCUUGUUCGGUAGAAUUGGUGAGUUUGUAAGAAUAAUGAUUGUCUUUUUCAAAUUACAUUAAUAACAAAACGUGUUAUUAAAAUCUUGCUGUUAUAGAGAA